AUGAAGCAACAUUGGAUGGUUAGGGCACUCUCAAAAACCCUAACCCUAACCCUGUUUCCAAUUUCCUUUUCUUCCUCUCGGGCUUGCUCUUCCCAUUCUUCGAGUUUUGCUAUAAAAAAUGUCACCAAAUCCAACUUCGAUUCGUCUCUCUCUGAUCUUCGUCGUCACGUACGAGACUCUGAUUUCGUGUCAAUUGACUUAGAAAUGACUGGAGUCACGAGCGCUCCUUGGAGGGAGUCGUUUGAGUUUGACAGAUAUGAUGUUCGUUAUCUCAAGGUAAAGGACUCCGCUGAGAAGUUUGCUGUUGUUCAGUUUGGAGUUUGUACCUUCCGAUGGGAUCCAACCAAGCACUCCUUCAUUGCCCACCCGCACAACUUUUACAUAUUUCCAAGGCAAGAAGUUGGAGGUGAUGCUAGAUCUUAUGAGUUCCUGUGCCAGACUUCCUCAAUUGAUUUCUUGGCAAAGUACCAAUUUGAUUUCAAUUUGUGUGUAAAAGAAGGAAUAUCUUAUUUAUCCAGAGCACUAGAAGAUGAAGCUAGAUCGCAAUUACAUUCAGCACAUGAAGAUGAAUUACCAGAGUCACCAUGUGCAACUAAAGAAAUUAAAGAUGUCCCACUUGUCAGAAUGGCAGAUAUUCUUUUUGUAGAGAGAAUGAAAAACAAACUCAAUGAAUGGCAUGAUGACCUGUUACAGGUUAGAAAUGGAGGGUCAAGCAGGAUUGUUAAAGACUCUAAUGCUUCAAUUGAUCAAUUUGAGACCAUCUUCUUUAGGAUGCGACCAGCUAUCAAACUUAAUGGAUUUACUUCCCGCCAACUAAGGUUGAUUAAGUCGAUUGUAGAAAAGAGCUUCAAGGAUUUAGCUUACAUCCGUGUAAAUGGUGAUUCAUGUUCUCAACAAAUUGUUGUCUACAUAGAGUCCAGACGGGACCUAGAGUUGCUUAUGAAAGAGGUAAAAGAAAGUCUCCGUAAGGAAUCAGAGAUGAAAAUUGGAGCUGCGAUUGGGUUCCGCCAUGUAAUUGACCUCCUUUCCUCUGAGCAAAAGCUAAUUGUUGGACACAAUUGCUUUCUUGAUAUUGCACAUGUUUGUAGAAAGUUCUUGGGUCCUCUUCCUUCAAAUCUUGAAGAAUAUGUAACCCUAGUUCAUAAAAACUUCCCUUACAUAAUCGAUACAAAGAUUCUUCUGAAUGCAAGUAAUAUUUUGCAAUUAAAGAUGAAGAAAAGUAGCACAUCACUCCCCAAAGCUUUUGCCAUCAUCUGUCCACAUAUUGCUUCUGCUUCUGGAUUGGCUCAUACCUCUUCUGUUGCAGUGGAGGUUCAAGUUGAUGAUAUGCGAUCAUCAAACUGGAACUCAGGAGCUAAACAUGAAGCUGGUUAUGAUGCUUUCAUGACAGGCUGCAUUUUUGCUCAGUCAUGCAAACAUCUUGACAUCGAUUUCACCAAUUCUCAUUCUUUAAAUUUAAAUUUAAAUCUAAUCAAACAAAACAAGCUUCAGAACUACAUCAAUCUUCUAUACCUCAGCUGGAGCAGUGGAGACAUAGUCAACUUAAAUACCGGUCAAACCACAACAGAAUCUUCAGUUUUUAAAAUCCAACAACCCAAAAUUCCGUUUCAAAACAUCGCCUUAAUAUGGGGAUUCUCAUCGAAACUCAAGGCAAGGGCAAUAAAGGAAACUUUGUGUAAAGUUUUUGGGUUGACUUCCGUCUACCAUUUGGAUAAGACUGCUGUGUUUGUCCAGUUUAGCAACCCCGAAUUGGUUUCUGAAUUUUUGGAAAUGAAAUCGAGUUUAGAGAAGAAGAAGAAUGAUGCAAUUUACGUUUUCCACCCUCUUUCACAGCUUCUAGAAGGCGGACAGACAUGUGCUGCUUCUUAUGAGGCUUACAAACAAAUCUGUGGAUCGCCUGUUUCUAAAGUCUUGUUUGCUCAUCAAGCUGAAGCAGUUGGUGUUAAGUUUGAGGUUCAACAAAAUGUUUGUUUUCAUAAUUUGGAGUCUUUAGAUGAUGAUACCAAAAAACAAAUAGGUGGCCCACAUUUUCCAAAAGGAGAGAUACUAGAUGUUGUGUCCUGCUGAGACUCUUAUAGGCAACCAAGUUUGUGAAAUCUUGUAUUUGUUUUUUUUUUCCUUCCUAAAAAGAGAUUAAUGAUAUUACCAGCUUUAAUUUUUGUGGCAAAUUUUAAAAUAUAUGCCUCGUUAGCUUCUCAUA